AGUAUUCCUUCAAACGUGACUUGUGUUUGAGUGUGUUUAUAAAGUGAUGGUGUCGAUAAAAUAAAAUGGGUAGAAGAAACAUGAGUAUGUUGAGGUUAGGAAGAUGCGUUGCGUUUCUGGCCGCGGCUGCAUUUCUUUUGCCUUUCACAAUACUCCUGAUGGUGUUUGACCAGCAAUACAAUUUAACCUACAACUCUAAACGUGUCUUCUACCAAGAGAGCGACUUCUAUAAAAUAAACGGAACACUAUACGCCCCCGCGUACACGAUAACAACAUCUACUUAUAGGACACAGUACGUAUUUGAAAACGGGACGCACGAUGAGCUGCUAUCGAGAGAGAAGUUUCUGGAGGUCGGGGCGAGGAUGGAAGCCCGCCGCGACGCCCUCAGGGCCCAGUGCUCCAAGCUAGGCCUGGAUAGCUCCAGCUACAAGUCUUAUUCAUGGGAAUACCUCAUAAACAGACAGUACCAUGUUAUAUGGUGCAACAUAUUUAAGGCGGCGUCAACAUCGUGGAUGUACAAUUUCAAUCUUAUGGCGAAUUAUUCAGCUGCAUUCUUGGAUAAGACUAAAGAGGUUCCAUUAGAACUGGCAAGAAAGAAGUACGUCAGACCAUCGGUAGAAAUGCUGAAGAAAGCGCAGUCAGAUUCUAUUACUUUCCUUAUUGUGCGACAUCCCCUAGAAAGGUUGGCGUCAGCUUACAACGAUAAAAUUGUUCACGCGUGGCCCAAGUCAUUCCACGAUAAAAUGGGUCACAGGAUCAUACGAAAAUAUAGAAAGAUAUCAGCGGAGAAGCCGCCACCGCCGAAGGAACGUUACCCGAUGUUUGAGGAGUUCGUAUCAUACGUGGUAGACGAAGCGCGCGCUAAGCGGCCGCUCGACAUGCAUUGGACCCCCUACACCACGUUCUGCACCCCCUGCAAGUUCAACUUCGACGUCAUACUCAAGUUUGAAACUCUCGAUGAAGACCAAAGGUUCCUGAUACAAAUGGCGCGGCUGCAGGAAGUGGUGAAGCCGGAGUGGCGCAACAGCGGCAAGGGUUCACAAACGUUGCACAUCAUCAACCAUCUCUACUCCAGGCUAAAGAAGUCGCAGCUCGAUGCACUUUAUAAUCUUUACAAAUACGACUUCCAGCUCUUCAACUACACCAUAGACAAGUACUAUGAGAUCGUUCGACCUGACGACAACAGCAGCCACGGAUGAAGAUGAACUCUGCAUUUUUCACGUUGAACAUUUCAUUGAACAUUAAACAAAAGGCGAGAUGCAAAGCUGAAUAAGUAAAGGAAAGACUGAUUGUUAGACCGAAAUGACACCGUGAAUGACAUAUUGAUCUGUCGUCAAGGCUUGGAUACGAUAACUCAUACGUCAACAUGAUGAUUAGUUUAUGUAUUUUGUGAUAGAAACGUUAACGCAUUCCAUUCCACUACAUUUUGUAUGAAGCCUCGCCAGACAAGUCGGUAGCACUGAACGUGUUAAAAUUUAUUGUAUCCGCAUAAAAUAUGCAAGUUUGAUAUAUACUAUGUAGUUUACUCGACUUAUUUUUGUCUUAUGGUGGAUGUUUUUCUACAUUUAGAAAUUUAUUUGUUAUUUUAAU